AGGGUUUCUCUGCCUCUCUUUCUCUGCUCUAGAGGGACGUUCUCUCAAUCGGUCCCUCCCUUGAAUUGGAUUUGAUAUUUCGAACCUUUUUGUCUCCUGCCCCUCGGUAUCCACUUAAUUCUCGUCUUGGAUCGGCUUCUCUCCGUCUUUUCAGUGUCUAUCUACACAGGCCCUCUUCAUUUGUUCAUUAUUUCGCUCGCUUCGAGGCUUGAAUCGGGUGAGGCGUCCCUGGUUCUGGCGAGAGGUUCACAAACAAUCUAGGACGAGGGCUCAUUUGGGCUGUUUGUUGGAUGCUUCGUGUGGCUUCAAUUUUUGGCCCGUUCACGUGGAAUUGGUUGAAUUCUGUAGAGGAGCCGGUGCGAUUUCGAGUAUUUGGUUCGCCCGCAGCUUUUCUAUGCGGAAAAUUCUUGGAACAAUUAGGCAUUGUAGAGUGGUCUGAUCGGAUAUGGAAGCGGAGUUGGCGGGAGAUGUUGCAUCGCUCGAUCUCGAGUUGCUGCAAUUGCCGGAAGUGUCUCCGAUUGCGUUGAAGUCGAAUCUUUACUUGGUGGAUGAGCUAUUCUCGCAGUUCCUUUCGAUUCCUGAGACUGGGCGUCUGGUAAAAUCUUUGAUUGAGGAUGCAAAGGCAGGUAUUGCAUUGAGUGUCACAGGAAGCUCUAGCAGCUCAAGUUCCUCUCCAACAAAUUCUUUGCCAUCAAUAUUUCCUGCUGGUAGUGCACCACCUCUUUCUCCAAGAAGCACAUCUGGUUCUCCUCGUUUCACAAAACGCCAUGGAGUUGGCCCAUCAUCUCUGGGUUCUCCACUAAAAGUAGUCAGUGAGCCUGUGAAGGAACUCAUACCUCAGUUCUAUUUCAAAAAUGGGCGCCCAGCUCCAAGUGAAUUGAAAGAACAAUGCUUGUUGAAAAUAGAUCAACUUUUCUAUGGUCAUGAUGGCGGCCUUCAAGUUCAAGAAUUCAAAUCUUUGACCAAAGAAGUAUGCAAGCUGCCAUCUUUCUUCUCUAGCAUCCUUUUCAGAAAGAUUGAUGUUGAGGGCUUUGGAUUUGUGACAAGAGACCAGUUCAUUGAAUACUGGAUCAAUUACAACAUGUUGACAGCGGAUAUAGCUACCCAAAUUUUUAGAGUUCUGAAGCAACCUGGUCGAAAUUUCCUUGUCCAGGAGGAUUUUAAGCCAGUCCUUCGAGAGCUUUUGGCCACUCAUCCAGGUCUGGAAUUUUUGCAAAGUACGCCUGAGUUUCAGGAAAGAUAUGCUGAAACUGUAAUAUACAGAAUCUUUUAUUAUAUCAAUCGAUCUGGAAAUGGUCAUCUAACAUUGAGGGAACUGAAACGUGGGAAUUUGAUUGCUGCAAUGCAACAUGUGGAUGAUGAAGAGGAUAUUAACAAAGUGUUGAGAUACUUCUCUUAUGAACAUUUCUAUGUGAUAUACUGUAAGUUUUGGGAGCUUGACACAGACCAUGACUUCUUGAUUGACAAAGAGAAUCUCAUUAGAUAUGGUAAUCAUGCCUUGACAUACAGGAUUGUGGACAGGAUCUUUUCACAGAUCCCUCGAAAGUUCACAAGUAAGGUUGAAGGGAAGAUGGGAUAUGAGGACUUCGUGUACUUUAUAUUAUCGGAGGAGGAUAAAUCAUCUGAACCUAGUCUUGAAUACUGGUUUAAGUGUAUAGACUUAGAUGGAAAUGGAGUGCUUACACGUAAUGAAAUGCAAUUCUUUUAUGAGGAGCAGUUGCACCGCAUGGAAUGUAUGGCUCAGGAACCUGUCCUGUUUGAGGACAUUUUGUGCCAGAUGGUUGACAUGAUUAACCCUGAGGUAGAGAGUUAUUUUACUCUCAAAGAUCUAAAAGGUUGCAAACUUUCGGGGAAUGUUUUCAAUAUUUUGUUCAACCUGAACAAGUUUAUGGCUUUUGAAACACGAGAUCCUUUUCUUAUCCGUCAGGAACGGGAGGAUCCAACAUUGACUGAAUGGGAUCGUUUUGCACAUAGAGAAUAUAUUAGGCUUUCCAUGGAAGAAGAUGCAGAAGAUGCCUCUAAUGGCAGUGGAGAAGUUUGGGAUGAAUCACUUGAGGCACCGUUUUAGUUGACCUUCAUCCCUUAUGUGUCAACACAAGAAGCUGUUUGUUCUGAUUAUUCAGAGGUCUUGGGGUUAUUUCACGAGUAUUUGUGAAAUGGAGCUGUACUGGUUGAAGCACGUUUUAUUUGCGGGGAAAUGGAUGAUCAGUGAGAAAUGAAGAGCUUCGUUAUUGACAAAAAAGGUUAUGAGCAUGUUCAAAUUUGUUGGCAGGUUCUGUGAGCUUCACCAGAGGAAGCAUGCGACAUUCUGAAAAGCCAUGGAAGAAGUUUGGUUGGCUUACCAUCAGCAAGCAGGACUGAGGACAGUUAUAGGCCUUGUUACCCAUCUGGUUUCAGGUAACAACGGCUUUAGAAUAUUGAUCAAAUUGUUUUCGAAAGGAACUGGUUUUACUCAUUCUUCACAAUCCAGACUGCCUUGCAUCCCUCAGCUGCCCCCCACUCCACACUGUUUUCUCUUUUCCAGAAUGUAGGUCAACACCAGCUGGUCUUCUGUGCUUUGCCUGUAUUGGCAUGUGUUCAGUUGGGGUGGUAUGCCUUUUGGCCUUAAUGUCUCUGUGUUCUUUUAUGUGGUGUUCUGAGAGAAACAAUUGAUUCCCUGUAUUUGUUUUUUGGUAUUUUAUACUGUUCAUAGAAUGCAGUUUUUUCUUUUAUGUAUUACAUAAUGUUGAGAAGUAGGUUAUUGAGGUUGAUCCUUUUUAACCUGGAAAUGUGUAUUUGUAACUGAAGUAUAUGCUGUCAAAUCCAUCGUUUGGUAAAUUCUUUUGGAAGUAA